GUUUUCCCAAAUAGGGUGUGUACAAAAUUCAACAUCGGUUAAAUCCGUUGCCAUUUUGACGAUACUAAGGUGACCUGUACGCGUAUCUUCUCAUUUCUCUUACCACUUAUUUUCACAGCACUUACACUUUUACAUCCAACUUUCAAAUGAACAACAGAAACACGCAUUACCCCAGAAUGAACACAUUCCGUUUAGCUCAGGACGCUUCUCGCCCGACGUCGCAGCCAUUGACUCCCUCACCCUCUACCGAGAUCUUCCCGGUCUCCAAUGUUGCGCAAAGCAAUGAACAGCCAAGCAGUGACAACAUUGUCGAUGUCUCCGCUAACGACCUCGCCGAAACCCGUUCUGGGAAUAUCUCUUGAAGCUGUGAGGCUACCACAGUCCUCCUCGAUCUCAUGCAAACGAGAUACAUGCUGCUUCUUGGACCGAAUGAUUCGCUUAUCAGAGGUCGAAUGUGGGAGAGAAUUGUGGACAGCAUGAAGGACACUAUGCGUGAGGACUAUCAGCACAUGCCAAACCCGCCAUUCAAUGUUGAACGUUUCCUUCGGCUGCUCGAUGGCGCUCGUGCCCAAAACAAGUGGAGCACGAUGAAGACCAAGUACGUCAGCGAACGUAAUCGUGUUGGAGAUACCGGCAUAGGAGGACCUCAUCCCGAGGUCAAUUGGCCCCACUAUGACAUAAUGGGUGAAUACUCAGGAAUGACCCGUCCUUUUAUCCUCGUUUUGUCUCCGAGUCGAUGGAUGAGGGUGUCAUUGGAGGAAUUUUCGGGUUGGUGGGUGACUCUGAAGAUCACUACUCGGGUGAUGAGCAGCAGGAGCCGCAAACAGUCCCAUUGCCAGCAUUGCCAGCGACUGCUCUUUCUCCUCAACCGGCACCAACACCCUCUCAUUCUCGUCGCGCAAUUCCUGGAAUUGGCCCUGAUCGUCGUAAUGUCGUUGACUUAGAGCAGGUGCGUGCAGUAUUGGACAGCAGCAACGACGACUUCCGCGACAUCAUCAACGAUGCAAGGGGCGCGUUCGUGAGCAAUUUUUGCUUCCAAGCUAGAAGAAGACAGGAUGAAGAGAAAGCGAGACCAGGAAGAAGUUAAAGAAGAAAGACG